AUGUUGAUCAAGCUAUUCAGUCAACGGUGUCGAGUCCGACAUCUUAAAUGUAUGCAAUCUCUUUCGAAACUCCUACGUCCUCUUCUUCUUAUUUCUUCAUACACUAAUUUCAUAGGUGAUCUUGACUCGCAGAAUUGCCAGCACUGUCGCAGUGCCGGUGCUGAAUGCGACCGCACCACAAUUCGAUUCCGCUCUGGACUUGUAUUGCCCAAGAACCAGGAUGUUGCAUUCCCAGAUCAACUGAACUGGCCACAAGUGCAUGGGAAACGUCAGUUGCCCUUGGUGCAUGUUCGCUUCCACGAUGAGACUCCUGAAAUUGUCAAUCUAUAUCUGGGGUCCACGGAUAAUGACCACGUUCAUUGGAUUCACAACACAGAAGGGAUCCCUAGCCCUCGAACUGUAGAUCCAUGCACAUCCAAGCCUUCUAUUCAUUUUCAAAGUGGGCAAUUUGAUCAUAUUUUACAUCAAUUGCCACAUGAUCCCGUGGACGUUUCGCCAUCCAUUAUCUCCUUCUAUUCGGCAUCUACAUCACAUACCAGCUCAAACCCAUUCCUACCUUUUACUGAGCGAGAAGCCGUUUUGAUGCGCAACUUCGUGGAAAACAUGGCUCUUUGGGCUGAUAUCACAGACCCACAUCGGCAUUUUGAAAUUGACGUGCCUACCAGGGCUUUCAAUGAACCGGUUUUACGAUACGCAAUUUUUGCAUUUUCAUCUCGCCACUUAAAUAGGCAAAUAGAUAACGCAGAGGAAGCAUUGCAGUAUCACAAUCUCUGUGUGCAAAUUCUGAUUCCGGCACUUUCGGAUCCCGAGCACCACAUAACAGAAGAUAUUCUAGCAGCAGUGGCUAUAUUGCGACAACACGAGGAAAUGGAUGGAGAGGACAACCAAUUUCACUUAACAGGAACUACUCGUAUUCUCAACACUGUUUCUACGUUUGGCUCGUCGGGUGGUCUGGGUGAAGCAGCAGCAUGGCUCUGUUUACGUCAGGAUAUAUACGUGUCGCUGACCACCCAGCAGCCCCUUCGAACCAAUCUGGAGAAUUUCUACGAUUCGGAUGUAUUUCAACGAGAUGAUGAUUUCGCAUGGUCCAGCAGAAUAGUCUUUUUACUCGCGAAAUUGCUUCAAUGCGCGUUCUCUGAUCGCUCCGUGAUUCAUAAGAUAAAUGAUGAGGUAGAGGCUUGGUUUAGUUCAAAACCACUUACCUUUGAGCCAGUUCGAAUGGUCGCCCGUGGGCCAGAUGAUGGUCAACAGCUUCCAGUCAUUUGGAUGUUAUUACCCGUGCAUGUGAUUGGUCUCCAAUACUACCAUAUUGCUAAGAUCAUCCUAAAGCUUUCCGAACCUCCACCAUCGUCGUCCACAUAUGACAGUUUGCGGCAUUCUCGCAUAAUUGAAAAAUCUGUUCGUCAUAAUCUGCUUACAAUUCUUGGCUUGGCUCAGUCUAAUACGCGAGCUGAAAAUACACUAUUUACUGCAAGACACAGCCUGGUCGCAUGGGGCUGGGUACUUCGACAUGACAGUGACCAGAAGGCCGCGGAGGCACUUCUUCAUGACAUGUCUACCAGGACAGGUUGGAAUAUGGAUGAAUUGAUUCGGUCACUGCGACAGCAAUGGCAAGAUGAAGAUGUUAUUGAUGGAGAAUGA